GCAGCGCUUCACCUCAAGUCAGCAGCCUCGCUGCUCUCCUCCAUAUCUCGACUCCAGAAACAACCCUAAUGCUCAAAAAAGGUGGCUUUCCUGCAGAAUUGCAUUCCUUUUUCCUACAGAAUAGUAAUUACUACGUCAAAGUAAAUGCAAACUUCACAGCGUUUCCUCUCCCGCCUCUUCAGCUCUGCUAAACGCUCUUCUUCCAUCGACCCAUUAUUUCCCUUCACCGAUUACUGUAAAAGCACCAAUCUUUUUCAGUCCCUGUUGUUACCUAACCACAACACUGGCAACGGCAAUUCUUUGAUACCCCAACUUGGAGGUUUUUCCUUGCUCAAUCACCCCACCAAACAUGUGCGGGUCUUGGGUUUUGUUUCGUUGGAUAAUAGCCAUUGCUUAACUUACCAGCGAAGUCUUUUUACCAGGGCUAAACAGGUAAAGAUUGAAUUCAAUGAUCAGCACAGGUAUCCUUCCCUUUUUUUUUUAUGCAUUUGUUGAAAUACCAGUGUCAGUGUGGCUUUAUGUUGACAAAGGAGGCGUUGGAAGAGCUACUUUAAACCAGAAUGAUAUUUGCUAGAAAUUGUCAGUAAUGCUAACUUGGUCAGUAGUAGUCUGAUAAAGAUAGUUCCUCGAAUUACCAUAUUCUGAGAAUUGGUUAUAACUUGCAAGUAAUAGCCACUUUAUGACUCUGAUCUGAUGGUAGAAGGCUUGACAUUGUUGUUCAAAUGGUGAAUAUUAAAAUCACCAGUUUUCAAUCUGUUCAUUAUUUUGUAAUCCUUUCAUCUUUUUGUGUUAACGGCUUCAAUUUCUUUUAUUCAAGUCAACGAGCUGUUACAACUGCACUGUGGUGCAAUUUUCUUGUCUUCUCUCUCAAGUUUGGUGUCUGGUGGACAACCUCUAGCCAUGUGAUGUUGGCUGAAGUGGUUCAUUCUGUUGCAGAUUUUGCUAAUCAGGCACUUCUUGCUUAUGGUCUGAAUAGUUCAAGGCGUGCACCAGAUGCUCUUCAUCCUUAUGGCUAUUCCAAGGAAAGGUUUGUCUGGUCCUUGAUAUCUGCUGUUGGAAUCUUCUGUCUUGGCUCUGGUGCUACAAUUGUUCAUGGAGUUCAAAACUUGUGGUCUUCGCAGCCUCCUGCAAAUAUUCAAUAUGCAGCUUUGGUGAUAGGUGGUUCAUUUUUAAUUGAAGGUGCUUCUUUGAUUGUUGCCAUACAAGCUGUCAAGAAAGGAGCAGCUGCAGAGGGAAUGAAAGUGAGAGACUAUAUUUGGCGUGGUCAUGAUCCCACAGCUGUUGCAGUCAUGACAGAGGAUAGUGCUGCAGUAACUGGCCUUGCCAUAGCUGCAGCAUCACUUGUUGCUGUGAAAACUACUGGCAAUCCUAUUUAUGAUCCUGUAGGUUCAAUUAUAGUGGGCAACUUGCUUGGAAUGGUAGCUGUAUUUCUCAUCCAGCGAAACCGGCAUGCAUUGAUAGGUAGAGCAAUGGAUGACCAUGACAUGCGGAAGGUUCUUCAUCUCUUGAAAAAUGAUCCGGUUGUAGAUGCUGUCUAUGAUUGCAAAAGUGAAGUGAUUGGGCCUGGAUUCUUUAGAUUCAAGGCAGAGAUUGAUUUCAAUGGAGUGGUGGUGGUGCAAAAUUACCUGAGUAGGACAGGACGCGAAGAGUGGGCAAAACAGUUUCGUGAAGCCGCAAAGGAGAAAGAUGAUUGUGCGUUGCUCAAAAUCAUGUCAAACUAUGGGGAAGAAGUAGUUACAGCUUUAGGAAGCGAAGUUGAUCGACUGGAGAAGGAGAUCCAGGACCUUGUUCCCGGUAUUCGCCACGUCGAUAUUGAGGCACACAAUCCCAUAGACAUGUCAUCAUCGUAAGUCCCAUAUUUUCUUUUUUGGGUUUUUUCUUUGUCAAUGAAAGUGCCGAACCAGAAACUCAUUCAUCAUAGAGCAAACAACUUGACUGUCAUUCUUCAGUUGGAUGUAUAUCAUACAUUGUCCUAAAUGAAAGGUACAAAAAACACAUUUCCUGUGU